CAAAAGUACAUCAGCCAUGAGCGAUGAAGCCAGUGCGAUGGCUAUUAAGUUGGGCCUCCGCAGUGCCUACACGCAUGACUGGAAGGCCAACACGUACCACGACAACGCGUGCGACCUGUUCUCGACAGUACCGUCGGUGCCGGCGGCGGCACGAAAGCGGCAGAAGCCAGGUAAGCGACAUGCCAAUCCCGUCACCGCCGCCGCUGGCGUCAUGGAGCUGGUGGUUGGCAAGCCAACUCACAACAAGUCGUCGAACCUACGCAGCAGUGACCGCGCAUCGCCACAAGCGGUGACAACGCCUCCACCCUUUGUCAUUGGUGGUCCCCAUCUUCCACCAUCACUUGUGCAAACUAAAGAACGACGAAGGCCCCACUAUCAGAAAAAUCAGGUCGCCCCGUUGGUGUCUUCCACACAAAUCGAAAAGCCCGAUGGCGACGACUCGAUCGCAGAGCCGUUUCCAAAGUCGAACCCUUCAUCCAGGCUAGACACGACACACGACAUAUCAGGUGAGAGGAGCAGAGCGACCAGCCGCGUCGACUCCAGGCAAAGCAACGACGACGAGUACAAGCCACUCCGUCCAGACUCGGACAUGGACAACACCAGCAGGCGCACUAGUGAAAUCGACGAGGCUUCUAUUAUUUGGGAUCAACCGACGCUGUUGCGGUCCAUCACACCAACGUCCAAGUACUACGAAAACUGCGAACGGGCGAGCAUUCUUCCCGAACCCAUUAUCCAAAAAGCCCUCGCGUGCAAAGAUGGCAUUUUGAAUCUCAGUUCGUACAGCAUGGGAGACACGCUCUUGCUCGCGUUGUCGGAAAGUUUGGGCGACAUUACGUCGCUCUGCAAGAUCAACUUGAAGGACAACCGACUUAGCGACCACGGCAUCUCGACCAUCGUCGGCGGCCUCGUACGCAGUCGCGUGCGCGAACUCGACUUGUCGCGAAAUUAUUUCAACGCCAAGGGCAUUGCACACAUUGCGCCGCUGCUGACGUCCCCGUCAUCGCCCCUCAUGGAUCUCAAUUUGGAAAACAACAGGUUGGGUGACAGAGGCGUCGUCGUGUUGGCGGCGGCGGUGGCAGACAGUCGGAAUUUAACUCGACUCAACCUCAGUCGAUGCAACAUUGGCCAUCAAGGCGCGUCGGCGCUUGGCAACGCCCUGUGUGAAAACACGUCUUUAAUCGAACUCUUCCUCUCGUGGAACAAAGUGCGCGGCAGUGGCGCCACCAAACUGUCCCAAGGACUCCAGCUCAAUGUGCGGUUGGAAACGCUGGAUCUGUCGUGGAACUCGAUUGGGUCGGUGACGUCGUCCGAGGCGCUGCGGGCCAUGUGCACGACUCUGGCCGAGAACAACGUGUUGACCCACUUGGAUUUGAGCCACAACCGCCUGCUAGAGAAGGACUGCCAGCUCGUGUCCAACGCUUUGCGGGGCAAUUCGAGCCUUCGCGGACUGCACAUUGGAGGCAACGACGUUGACAUUGACGCAUAUGGGGUUGUGUUUCCAGAUGCCGCCCAGAACGACCCGGCGAGCGCGCACAUUUUUUCCCGUUUUGGGGGCAACUCUGCCAGUAAACCUGCGUGGGAAAAGAGGAGCAACUGCUGGAUAUGCGAGCGGUGGACUGAAGUCAGAUUCACGUGGAAACAACACUCGACCAAGCCUAGUGAAGUCCUUUUGAGAGCCGAGUUUGACUAUUGGACGCCUCACCACACCCUUCCCAGCUCCCACGACCCCACGAUAUGGGAGAUCCAUCGGAUGGUGCCGCCUGGAACAAUGCAAUUCUUCUUUGUGGUCGACGGAGUGGCUUCGACAACCGACGCCCACAUUGUGCAGAAGUUUCAACCGCGAAUAUGGGGUGGAAUAAGCAACUUCUGUCGUGGACUGGACAUGCCGGCUUCCAGUCAAGUCAACAUGAUCCAAGUCGAAGCAACCGACAUCCUCGCAGAUAUCAAGUGCAAACCUCGGUCGAAAACUCCCGGGCCAGGGCAAACCGACGACUGGUUUUCCAAGUCUGUCUUUUGUACUUAUCAGCAAGACACUUCCCAACAUUUAUCGAAUGCGUUCGAGUCGGAUUGGAUUGUGUCGAGGUUACCCAAGCUAAGCAAAGACCCAAAUGAGCUAGACAAGGCCAAGCAACUACUCGCCAAGAACUUUUCCAUGUUGAAAGCUGUGUUCAAGCACUAUGCGACCAGCGGGGGCACGGAUCCGUAUACACUAGGGUCGAAUGCAUUUUUCGACUUUAUUUGCGACUGCGAUGUAGUCGACCAAGACACUUGUACACGGGCCGAAGUGGAAAUGAGUUUUAUUUCGGCCAGCUCGUCGGGGCCUAAGACCAAGUGGAACACGCGGCGCAGUCUAUUUCGCUUUCAGUUUAUCGAGACGAUUGCGUUUCUGGCCGUGUCCAAGUUUGUCAAAUCCAAGCGCGCGACGUCCGUCCAUGAUGCCAUUGCCAUGUUCGUGCAGCAUCACAUUGAACCGCACGCUACUUGGCACGACAGCCAGGCGUAUCGAACUCACAAGUCGGUGGAUGCGCAGCCCAGUUGCCUCUACUCGCCCCAAGUGGACUUGAUCUUCAAGGAUCACUUGUACCUGCUCAAGGAAGUAUUUGCAUCUUUUGCUGGCACGAUCGACACGACCCCCCCUACCACCAACGAAAAAGCCAAGCGGCUGAGCUUUGCCGAAUUCACGAGUUUAUGCGACGAGGUGCACUUGACGGACGAGUCGUUGCCAGCUCGGGACUUGAAAAUUGCGCUCAUGCGAUCGAAAGAGACCGAAAUCUUUGACCCACUGGGGGACGGUGACGACUGGAAGCGCAUCACGUUUGGCGAAUUCCUCGAAGCAUGCGCGCGGAUGGCCGAUGGAAAAGACUACUCUGAACUAUAUGACCGCGUCAAGCUAGCAGCGCGUUCUGCGGCUGUGGACGGCACUUCAUUUGAGUUUUUAAAAGUCCACACGUCCACAGUCGACCAGUGGAGAAGCCACACUGGCCAGUUUGGCCUGAAACUUCCUGUACGAGAUAUGGACAUUUAUAUCCAACUCAACUUGGACGUACUAGUAGCUUGAUGUUGUCAUUGUGAACUGCUGCGAGAUUGACAUUGAUGGCUUAUAAGUACACGAUGAUCAU